ACGCAAAUUUUUAUGCUCAUUAUUCGUCCUUUCCCGAAAUUUACUCUUGAAAAUGAAAACUAAAGUGGCCCCACAGUUUAAAUGGAACGAAACAAUUCGUUAACUACAAUACGCAAAUAUCUAACUAAUUGCGAUGUAAACGGCGUUGUAAAUGCUAUCAAGGAAAGUUACAUAAUAGUCGAUGAUAUCUUUCCAAUUAUCGUGUCGCAGUUAAACAACUGUGUCAAGGUAGAUAACUUGCAAGUGUUCCAGUGUAGUGAAGUUGCUUUAAAGACUAUAGCGGAACUGUAUGAUCCCGAAGACAUACUGUUAUUGAUUAUAGAAGAUAUCAAGUCGGCCGUUGAUGACACUGCAUUUUUAACAUUGACUUUUGUUCUUCUUAUUCUUUUACGACGUUUACCAAAAAAACGGCUGUGUUCUCUCGGAUGGGGACUGAAUGCAGUUUCAUAUUACUACAGCAACGUUACAGUGCUCGAUGAUUGUUUGAAGUCGGAUGUAGAUAGAAUCACCAGUUUAUGCUCGGCUUUGUGUUCGUUUUAUAAAGGUGUUGUGGAUAAUCUCUCGACAAGUUACGAAGAAAAAUUUAUUACUUUAAAGUUUGCAAUGCAACUAUUAGGAAAACCGCUGGCCUUUUUAGAUUUCGCAUCGGAAUGUGCAGCGAGGCAGGUAUCCGGAGAGGUAGUGGCAUUGCUAUUUGAAAUUGACUGUGAUAUUUUCUCUCUUCUGCAUUUAGAUCCUUUGUAUGACAUUGGGGAAAUUGACAUACUUGCUUUGGCAACAUUAUUUUAUUUGGUACUAGCCGAGAGAAUCAUGCUCGAAAAAAUGCCACAAGUGUACAGUAACGUGUACAUGUUUCAACAGAGCGUACAUUUGAUUACGCACUUACUGAAGUAUGAGGAAUUUACACUACUUCAUGGAUUGAGUUUAUUGCAAUCUGUUGUAAAUCGACUGGUGGGCUGCAUUUUGUCAUCUUAUUUACUGGAUUCGAAAUAUCAUAGCGAAUUUUGUAAAGCACUAACGGAUGUUAUUGUUUAUAACCAGGAUAAAUGUAUUCGACAACGUGCUCUUAAGUUGUAUCGGCGAUACAUUUUCCUUUUUGAUAGCCGAGGUCGCUAUUUGUUGAUGUAUAAUCUUAUGAAGAUAUUGCAUCAUUCUGGUAUAAUUGGGUACACGAUUACGCAAUGCAAAGAUAUGGUGGCCGAGACUCUUAACAAAACGGAACUAUCUCCUUAUUUUUCCGGGUACAACCUAAUUUGUCUGUUACGGCAAUUUUGCUUCUUGCAAAACUACGAGGAGGCCCAUUUAUUGGACAAAAGUGAGCAAAUACUUGCUUUUUUAAAUCUUCUACGCUUUUUGGCAAUACGUGAUAAGGAAAAUGUAACGGGGAUAUACAAUUAUUUUAAAUUACUACACGAACAGUUCUUAGAUCCUUUAAAGAAAGGUGUAACUCUUUCUCGCGAACUUCAAAAAGUUAAAAUACAACAUCCGUCGAUCAUGGAUCCUGAAGUAGCUGUAACGGUUGAAGGCAAACAUCUUCCAAAUUUGUCACAGGAUGAAAAAUUAAAAAGUUUAGAAUUAAGUAUUGUUACUUUUGAUAUGAUUGAUAACUUAUUGUCUCAUCUUUAUGAAAUAAUUAAUUUAUGAAUAAAAUAUUGCAAGCCCUGUAUAAUAGUUUAGUUUUUUAUAUACAUAAUGUGACAUAAACAAAAUGUAUCAGAACAUUCUCUACAGGAUGGUGAUAUCAGAUUUUGAAUUGGGCGAAGUAUUUCAAAAUGGCGAAACUUUUUUUAAGGGAAUGACAUCAUUAAAAAUUAAAAACAUUCUUUUUACGAUAGUAUUUCGUUUUUUUAAAAUUAAUUUCCCUAAUAAAAAGCAAAGUAACAUUUUAAUCUAGUAGCCCAUGAUGUUAUUUUGUCCAAAUAUCAAGUAAUGACAGACACAAAAGAAACAAUAAAUAAAUAAUAACGCUACUUGAUAUUUGCACAAAAAUAUCAUCAAGUGCGCUACUAGAUUAAAAUGUUAGUUUGCUUUUUGAUAGGGAAAGAAUAAAAAAAAAAAAAACGAAAUACUAUCAUAAAACUGUUGGAUUUAAAUAAUAAUUAAAAUUAUUAAUAUUUGGGGAUUAAAAAGUCCCAUAACUAAUAAUACUAGCCGAUCUGGCAAACUUAGUACCGCCUUUUGGGAAAUCUGGUUGGGACAUAUAAUCGGCUAGCUGUAUUAAAUAUACUUUACGACCUAUUCUCAUAUCUACCAAAUGUGCAAACAAAAAUUUUUAAAAAUUCAUUUCGGAGGAGGGCCACCACAAACACCAAGACACAAGAUUUUUAUAUAUUAAGUCUGUCAGCUACUUUUAAACCUGAAAGAAUUGAAGUUUCGGAAUAAGCACUGGGCGAAUUUGUGAAAUUUUUUUCAAAGUUCUUACCGUGUGCGUGCUGCACUUAAAAUGGAUACGAAGCAAUUCUGAUCUUGAUGUAAAUUUGAUUGGAAAGGACGUCUCAAAAGUCUAGGAAAAUUCCUUAGUUCCAUUCCAUUCCUCUAAUUAAAGUGUUAAUACAAUGGCGCUUAUAUCUUUUUUGUAAAUGUGAAAAGGCUAUCGAAACAACAAACAAAUUUAGAACACAAGCAACUUUUGACUUUUUAACUAAAAAACAUUUGCUUGAAAAAGUGGUCUGUUUUAACUAGAAAAAAAAACUAAAAAACCACAGCACAGUGGUAUGUUUUUUUUAAUUGAACAAAACUACCACGCAAGUUGUAGUAGGAAAAAAAUUGAUUCCAUAAAUAUAAUGACAUAAAAAUGAUUAUAUUACUAAUAGUG